UUAAGUGCCCAGUGCAAAACUGUCAUUGGUUUCGGUUAUCCAAUUGUUAUUGUGGGUUCCACAACUGUUAUGUCUUGUUGGUCUGUUAUGGUAUAGUGUCCAUUGCCUAAGAGCUGUGCGCAAAAGAAUGGCAGCACUGUCAGAGUGAUGGGAAACAAAGAGGGAACCCAAGAAAAGUGACCAUGUUUUCGCAAAAUCGGAUAAGUAGAGUAACUAAAUGUGUUUCAAAGUCGUCGGCUGUGGGAGAACCAGUUGAGGUUUGUAUGGUUGAGUGUCAGCGGCGAUGCAACGUUAAGCCAGCUGUCCCAGCCGGACUAACCAAGGAACAGGGAAACGUAGCAAAUACGGCUGGUCUGAAGGAGAAUGUAUGUCAGUGUGAAGCAUGGUGUUCCCAGAAGCAGGCCUACGAGAACCUGGCCUACGAGCCGGGGAGUCAGAGUGAACUCUGCCCCCAAACUGGGGCCCUCUCCCAGGCCAUUUUCCAGCUCUCCAGUCUCGCCCCCAAGUCCCCCACACAGGCCAUCGAGAGCCACAUCGCUAACCUGAAGGGUGUGGUGUCUGUCCGCUUGUCCGCAGCCAGUGGCCUAGCUCAGGUGGACUACGAGGCUUCAUCUACCUCUAGUGGGGAGUUAUCUCGGGAGAUCCAGGCUAUGGGCUACAGUGUGGUUAACGUGGCUGGGGAAGAUGUGACCAAUAUGGGGGAGACAAAGGCGACAGAGUGCCUGACAAGGAUCAGAGUGGAGGGUAUGACAUGCCAGUCCUGUAUACACUCCAUUGAGGGACGGAUAGGGACCCUGCCUGGGGUUCUGCACAUCAAGGUGUCUCUGAGCGAGCAAACGGCAGUAGUAGGAUAUCAGCCCCAAACGGUGACACCAGAGCAGCUGAUGAAACAUAUUGAGAACAUGGGAUUUAGCGCUACUCUUACUGACAAAAGUACUGACGGUGAGCAAGGGCAAACACCUAUGUCGUCCUCCUUCUCGGAUUCCCCGAUUCAGACAUCCGUCUUUGGGAUUGUAGGGAUGACCUGCAGUUCAUGUGUCCAGUCCAUAGAGGGAAAGAUCUCUGAGAGAACUGGCGUGUGUUCCAUUGUGGUGUCGUUAGAGGAAGCAAAGGGAACCAUCACGUUUAACCCCAGUCUGAUUCAGCCGGAAGAACUAAGGGCUGCCAUUGAAGACAUGGGAUUUGAUGUUUUACUUAUAGGACCUCGAGCAACUCCUUCCCCUGAAAGAUCACAGGCCCCUUCUUCCCCCCACUGCUCCAGUAGGACCCACCCUGACCUUACCAAGAAUGCCUUCAUUAACGGUAGCUCCACUGUCAUGGCCGUUGAUGAGGGAAAUGUGCAGAAAUGCUUCGUCCGUGUAACAGGCAUGACGUGUGCUUCCUGUGUGUCCAACAUCGAGAGGAACCUACUCAAACGCAGAGGUAUCGUCUCAGUUCUGGUUGCCCUAAUGGCGGGUAAGGCUGAGGUGAAGUAUGACCCCAGUACUGUUGAUUCCAUGCAGGUAACCCAGCUUAUAGAGGAUCUAGGCUUCGGUGCCACGUUGAUAGAGGACAACGCUGUUAUGGAUGGAAAACUGGACCUAUCUCUGACUGGGAUGACAUGUGCGUCAUGUGUCCAUAACAUUGAGUCAAAACUCACCAGGACCAAAGGGAUUCUAGAAGCCUCAGUCGCACUGGCAACCAACAAAGCCCAUAUCCAGUUUGACCCGGACAUCCUCGGGGCACGUGAUAUAAUCAGAAUCAUUGAGGGGCUGGGCUUCGGGGCAUCUCUAAUGAAGACGGAAGGCUAUGGGAACAAUCUGGAUCAUGGGGAAGAGAUUCAACAGUGGAAGAACUCAUUCCUGUUCAGUCUGGUGUUUGGGGUUCCAGUGAUGGGCCUGAUGAUAUAUAUGAUGGUGAUGGACAGUCAGCACAAGGAUCAUGGUGGCUCUAUGCCUGAGGAGCAGAACCUUCUCCCAGGCCUCUCCCUCCUCAACCUGGCCUUCUUCCUCCUCUGUACCCCUGUCCAGAUAUUUGGUGGUCGUUAUUUCUACAUCCAGGCCUAUCGCUCAUUAAGGCACCGCGCAACAAACAUGGACGUUCUGAUCGUCCUGGCAACCUCCAUCUCCUACAUUUACUCCUGUGUGGUCCUGGUCGUUGCCAUGGUGGAGAGAACCAAUCAGAGCCCUGUAACCUUCUUCGACACCCCACCCAUGCUCUUUGUCUUCAUUGCCCUUGGCCGGUGGCUGGAGCACAUAGCAAAGAGUAAGACGUCUGAGGCGCUGGCCAAGCUGAUGUCACUUCAGGCCACUGAUGCCACUGUGGUCAAGCUAGGUCCUCAUCACUCCAUCCUUAGUGAGGAGCAGGUGUCGGUGGAGCUGGUCCAGAGAGGGGACGUAGUUAAAGUGGUGCCUGGGGGAAAGUUCCCCGUUGAUGGGAAGGUGAUCGAGGGAACCUCAAUGGCAGACGAGUCCCUGAUUACAGGUGAACCCAUGCCUGUGUGCAAGAAGCCUGGCAGCUCAGUGAUUGCUGGCUCCAUCAAUGCUCAUGGAUCUCUGCUGGUACAGGCCACCCAUGUUGGAGCUGACACGACCCUCUCUCAGAUAGUGAAACUAGUGGAAGAAGCCCAGACCUCCAAGGCCCCAAUCCAGCAGUUUGCUGACAGACUGAGCGGCUACUUCGUUCCCUUUAUAGUCAUCGUCUCAGUGCUAACACUGUUGGUCUGGCUGGUGAUUGGCUUUCUCAACUUCGAAAUUGUAAAGGAGUACUUUCCUGGUUACGAUAAGAACAUCCCUCAGACAGACGUUAUAGUCCGCUUCGCCUUCCAGGCCUCCAUCACAGUCCUAUCCAUUGCCUGCCCCUGCUCUCUGGGUCUUGCGACCCCGACUGCUGUCAUGGUGGGCACGGGGGUGGGGGCUCAGAACGGCAUCCUCAUCAAGGGAGGGGAACCGCUGGAGAUGGCCCACAAGAUUGGCGCGGUGAUGUUUGAUAAGACCGGCACCAUCACUAACGGGGUCCCGCGUGUGACCAGGGUGUUGGUGCUGUGGGAAAAGGCACGGCUGUCCCUGCGUAUGGUCCUGGCAGUGGUGGGCACGGCGGAGGCCAGCAGCGAACACCCGCUGGGCGUGGCGGUAGCCAAGCACUGCAAAGAUGAGCUGGAGACCGAUGUUCUGGGUUCCUGUAAGGACUUCCAGGCCGUGCCCGGCUGUGGGAUCAGCUGUAAAGUGUCUGAUAUCAACGAGUUACUGCUAGAGGCAGACCGGACCUCAUGUCAUACCCAGGUGUUUCUGGAGGGGGCCACCACGGACGAGAGCAGCCUGGUUGGCGAUACAGUGUCAGGUGCAUCUGCUAGCCCCUCCUACUCUGUCCUGAUCGGAAACAGAGAGUGGAUGAGGCGAAACGGGCUUCAUGUGGGAGCUGACGUGGAUGGCGCCAUGUCCAGCCACGAGACCAAGGGGCAAACAGCCAUCCUUGUAGCUAUAGAUGGUGUGCUCUGCGCUAUGCUGGCCAUAGCAGACACAGUGAAGCCGGAGUCGGCCCUGGCUGUCCACACUUUACUCAGCAUGGGGAUAGAGGUGGUCAUGAUUACCGGGGACAACAGGCGCACCGCUAAGGCUAUAGCCACACAGGUGGGCAUUAGGAAAGUGUUUGCGGAGGUGCUGCCCUCACACAAGGUAGCCAAGGUCCAGGAGCUGCAAGAGAAAGGCCUGAGGGUGGCCAUGGUGGGCGACGGGGUCAACGACUCGCCUGCCCUUGCCCGAGCCGAUGUGGGCAUCGCUAUAGGGACGGGCACCGACGUGGCCAUAGAGGCAGCUGAUGUGGUCCUCAUCAGGAAUGACCUGUUGGAUGUGGUGGCCUGUAUAGAGCUGUCCAAGAAGACUGUUCAGAGGAUACGCAUCAACUUUGUUUUCGCUCUGAUCUAUAACUUGUUAGGGAUUCCCAUUGCUGCAGGUGUUUUUUUGCCUGCCGGCCUGGUUCUGCAGCCAUGGAUGGGUUCAGCUGCCAUGGCCGCAUCCUCCGUGUCCGUGGUGGUGUCCUCCCUGCUGUUAAGGCUGUAUAAGAAGACGUCAGUGGAGAUGUAUGAGUUCCGGGCUCAGGGGCAAAGGAAGAGUCUGAGCCCCAGCCAAGUGAGUACCCACGUGGGUUUGGACGACCGGAGACGCACCCCUCCCACCUUCCGCGGAACUUGGGAGCGCCUGAGCCAAGGCAGCCGCAUCUCCUUACCCAUCUCCAGCCGGCCGGCCAGCCAAGGUUCAUCCAAUCACUACCUCCAGGACCGGUACUCACUGCUGGACCAUGAGAAGGAACAGAGCCUGGUUGUGUAGCAAGGCACCAAGGAGAAAAGCCAAAGGGAAAACCGUCUAAUGAAAGGUCCAUUGAAACUGUCCAGAUUUUUACCUACAGAGUAAUUUUUUUUUUAAAUGUCUUUUCAAUGUUUUUUAAACCAGAGAGACAUAUUUUCAACGUCUUUAGUUGAUAGGAUAGUCUUCUUCCUGUUAUGUCAAGGAGUAUUUUGAUAUUUUUAAAACUGGAAGAAUACCUAAGCACAAUAGAGUAAAAUAAUCAUUAACAAGAAACUUUGUUUUACAUUUU